GCUUCGGCUACUUCCUGUCGUGGAACGCACGUCGUAGUCCAAGACGUCAUCACGUUAUUUUGAUCACGUGAACUGACGUCUGACGUAACGACCACCCAAAACAGGAAGUGAACCAGAAAACAGAGAAAACAACCCAAAUAGCACAUUUUAGUCGCUCUAAAAGCAGCCAUGCCGUGUUUGGGUAACGGUAUACAUCAUAUAUUAAGACUGUGGAUGGUCAGUGUAUCUCUUUUCAUAAAUCAUGGAUUGGCUGGUAAAAUGAAGAUAGUCGAGGAGCCAAACACAUUUGGGUUGAACAAUCCUUUUCUGGCUCAGGGAAGCAGACUACAGCCUAAAGUGACCCCUACUCCAGUGUCUGGUCCUGCACAUUUUCACCGGCUUGCUGGAAAAUGCUUCACUCUCACAGAGUCAACGUAUAAAUAUGAAUUCUGUCCAUUUCACAACAUCACCCAACACGAGCAGUCAUUUAGAUGGAAUGCCUACAGUGGGAUACUGGGAAUCUGGCAGGAGUGGGAAAUAGCAAACAACACUUUCACAGGCAUGUGGAUGAGAGACGGGGAUACUUGUGGAACGAGAAACAGGGAAACAAAGAUCAUUUUUGUCUGCAGUGCAAACAGCAAGCUUGCUCAAGUCUCAGAGCCCAGUACCUGUGUGUACUCGCUAACCUUUGAGACGCCGCUUGUUUGCCAUCCACAUUCGCUGUUAGUGUACCCGACACUGAGUGAGACGCUCCAAAGGGAAUGGGAUGAAGCUGAGCAGGCUCGCUAUGAAGAUCUUAUUACCGAGCAGGGAUACAACAAUCUUUUGAGGGAUAUUUUUGAGAACGCCGGUCUCCUGAAGAGCCAAAAAGUGAAGAUAAAGCUGCCAGAAGAAGUUGCAGCUGAUUCGGGAACACACAACUCUUUACAGAAAUGUAGAGAGGAUUUCCAAAAGCAGAGAGAAGAGAUUGAGAGACUGCGCGCUCUCCUCACUCAACACAAUAUUUCCUUUGAUUCAAAGCAAGAUGAAGCAAAAGGCACAGUGAGUGCAACAGUUAAGGAUCAACACCUACGGGGAGACAACGGCCUUUUUGAUCUGCAGUGAAAAAUCUUCCAGAGCAAGUCACCUUUUUAAAGCACCUGAGUGGAUUUGAAGAUUUUGCUGUGACACAGAUAGUCGCUGGACAAUAUCGCUGUCACUGGUGACGGCAUUAAUGUUAAUUUAAACAAGUGACACUGAGGAAAAACUGAUCUCAUUUGUGGAUUACAAACCUGUCUGACUUUGCAAACCUUUUCUUGGAGGAGUUACGUCACUCAGCCGAAUCUCUCAAGGACUUUUCGUCAGUCUUGUUAAUGAAUCAAAUUCUGUCAACAUGCAACAUAUUGAGAAAUACAUUUUUUUUAAAUAAAGUUUAAUGUAUUUGAGUUAA